AUGGCAACGGACUUUGUUACGCUUGUCAGCGGGCUGGAAGCCGUGAUUUCCAACUUGCCGGACGACAGCUGUGUCAUUCCCAUUCCCGACCUGAAAAAAUAUCCAAGAACUGAUAUCCAGGUUCCCCAAGACAACGAUCUCGGCGGCUGGGCAGCAAAGGUCACUGCUAGAUGCACAACUCCCACUGGCAAUUUGCUCAAGGGCCGAACGAUCGCAUUGAAGGACAAUAUAGCGUUCGCUGGAGUGCCCUGUACUAACGGAACAUCGAUGGUAGAGUGGACACCAAAAAUCGAUGCCACCGUUGCAACUCGCGUAAUGGAUGCCGGCGGCAUUAUCGUUGGCAAGGCUGCGUGCGAAAAUGCCUGUUUCGAGGGUCUUUCGGUGACCUCUGUCACCGGAAAUGUGCAUAAUCCUUGGGCUAAGGGAUACAGUGCUGGUGGAUCUAGCAGCGGCUCCGGCCGUCUUGUAGGGGCCGGUGUUGUUGACAUGUCCAUCGGCUGCGACCAAGCUGGCAGCAUCCGAAUCCCCGCGGCCUCCUGCGGAAUCGUCGGACUGAAACCGACGUGGGGUCUGGUGCCCUACACGGGCAUAAUCAAUCUGGAUGCUACGAUUGACCACGCGGGGCCGAUGACACGCACGGUGCGGGACUGCGCCUUGCUCUUGGAGACGAUUGCCGGCCCAGAUGGAUGGGAUGACCGACAGGCUUUACUGGGGCGCAAUGACCCGAGGCUGACUUUUGUCGAGCCUGUUGACCAGAUCGUAUCGAGGCCACAGGGCGAGAUGCUGAGUGGUAUCAAAAUCGGAAUUCUCCAAGAGGCCUUCCAGAUUGAUGGCCAGGACGAAAACAUUGUCAAGUCUGUCCAAGCCGCCGUGGAGAAAUUCAAAGUUCUCGGCGCAGAGGUGUUGCCGGUUUCUAUCCCGGAACACAAAUUAGCAUCCCUUGUCUGGAUGAGCUCGAUCUCGCUCCCUGGCGGACGGCAAGCCUUGUUGGGCGGGAUGGAAGGAAGAAAGCAGUUAUACAUGACUGACCGAUUGGCGUUGGUUGGUCCCCGUCUUACCCAGCAGCAAUUUGACGCUCUCGGCCCCGGAGCAGCUAACCUGUACCUCAACCAUCUAUGGCUCUCGGAGAAGCAUGGAUUGUCGCAUCAGGGGAAAUGCAUGAACCUCCAGAAGUUCAUCAGCGACGCUUAUGACAAGGCGCUGCAAGAGUUCGACGUCUUAGUCAUGCCUACGUUGCCACACCCGGCUCCGAAACUUCCAGAGACUGGCUACGAAGAGGGUUUGCUGAAGUUUGCGAAGAGGACAACGGGCAUGGUAGCCAACACCUCGCCAUUCGAUAACUCUGGGCACCCUGCUAUCUCGAUCCCAGUGGGCUUUGUUCCUGCCAGAGAAGAUGCUAAUGUCAAGCUUCCUGUUGGACUACAACUGGUCGGUCGGAAAUAUCAGGAUGUGGAUUGCUUGAAGGUCGCAGCUGCCUGGGAGAGAGCAUAUGACUGGAAGAACUUGUAG